AUGUCUACGUUAUUACGGCCGGCAUCGCGCCAGGUCGGCCGGCUUGCACUCUCGUCCCUACGCACAACUUCCACAAUCAGCGUGCGGCGCGCAAGAUUACCAAGGAUAUCACCAGCAUCGUCAUCCGCAGCCUACCUGUUACCUCGCCCUCGUCUAUACUCGACCGGCCCGCCACCGCCCGAGAAGCCCAAGGAUGAGGCUCAGGAUGUGAACAAGAAUGCGAAGGAUACGACCCCAGAGGAGCCAAAGGAGCCUCCAAAACUUCCUGACGGCUGGGUAUGGCUGGGCGAGGAAGAAUUGGAGAUGCUGAAGAAGAUGGGCGAUAUGGUGCCCGCAAAACACAGGCAGACAUUCGCGGACGUGGAAAAUGAGGUCAAGUCGAACGGAGCGCCUCUGGAGCUCAAGGACCUGUUAAACAAGGGACGUACAACCGGCCUAAGCAUCGCAGACUCCAUGAAGGUCAUCAAGAUAGCCCACAAGCUGGCGGAAAGGAUGGCCAGGAAAGAUUCCGGCUUCGACUCCCAAGAUUCUCAGUUCUUCAAUCAGAACGAAGGGCAGCGCAACGAGAAACAAGGCGAGAAUGAGCAGCGCAAUGAGGGCCAGAAACAGAACCCGAACAAGGGCAAGGGACAAUUCAAAGCCUUUGACGGUGGCGACAUGUUGGCCUGGAUAGUGACAGCCGCACUUUUCUACCCUGUCUGGAGCAUGAUAUUCCCCACCGAGUCGCGAGAUAUCAGCUGGCAGGAGCUUCGCAGGAAUUAUCUGGACAAGGGGCUCGUAGAGAAGCUCGUGGUCUACAACGGCAGCAGGGUGAGGGUGGAUCUCAACCAGGAGGCGACCAGGUCCAUGUACCCCGACAGUGUCGCAGCAAACCCCGGCUUCCACUUCUACGUGUCCAUCGGGUCUGUUGAGACUUUCGAGAGGCACCUCGACGAGGCCCAGAAGGAACUCGGCAUCCCCGGCACCGAGAGAAUUCCGGUCACCUACGCCGCAGAGGGCCAGCUCGGCAAUCUGCUCCUGGCCUUUGGCCCCACCCUGCUCCUCGUUGGCCUGAUCUACUACACCAUGAAGAGAGGUCCUGGCGGCGGUGGCGGAGCUGGAGGCGGCAUGUUUGGCUUCGGCAAGAGCAAGGCUAAGAUGUACAACCACGAGAGCGCCGUCAAGGUUAAGUUCGCCGAUAUCGCUGGCAUGGACGAAGCCAAGGUCGAAAUUAUGGAAUUCGUGUCUUUCCUGAAGAAGCCAGAGCGGUUCCAGAGGCUGGGCGCGAAGAUUCCCCGUGGCGCGAUCUUGUCUGGCCCCCCUGGAACUGGUAAGACGUUGCUCGCAAAGGCCACUGCUGGUGAAUCAGGGGUGCCAUUCUUCAGCGUCAGUGGGUCUGAGUUCGUCGAAAUGUUCGUCGGUGUCGGUGCCUCAAGAGUGCGGGACUUGUUUGCGCAAGCACGUAAGAACGCUCCUUGCAUUGUUUUCAUUGAUGAGAUUGAUGCCAUUGGUCGUUCUCGAGGUGAUGGAAACCGUAACUUUGGCGGCAACGAGGAGCGCGAGGCAACUCUCAACCAGAUUCUCACCGAAAUGGAUGGUUUCAACACCCAGGAGCAGGUUGUAGUUCUUGCGGGAACGAACAGACCGGACGUCCUUGACAGAGCCCUGAUGCGACCUGGACGUUUUGACAGACAGAUCUACAUCGACAGACCGACCAUGAAGGGCCGUGCAGAUAUCUUCAAGGUGCAUCUUGCCAACGUCGUCACCAAGGAAGAAAUGGAGCAUCUCUCUGGAAGGCUCGCUGCUCUGACACCAGGCUUCUCUGGCGCCGACAUCGCCAACGCCGUCAACGAAGCUGCGCUCGUCGCCGCAAGAGCGAAUGCUGAGAGCAUUGAGAUGAUCCAUUUCGAGCAGGCCAUCGAACGCACCAUCGGAGGUCUGGAGCGAAAGUCCCUCGUUCUCAACCCUGAGGAGAAGAAGACCGUGGCAUAUCACGAAGCAGGACAUGCCAUCUGCGGCUGGUUCUUCGAAUAUGCCGAUCCCCUGCUCAAGGUGUCCAUCAUUCCCCGCGGCCAAGGCGCCUUGGGCUACGCACAGUACCUCCCGACUGGUGACGCCUACCUAAUGAACACAAAGCAAUUAAUGGACCGAAUGGCCAUGACGCUAGGCGGUCGUAUCUCUGAGGAGAUCCACUUCCCAACUGUGACGACCGGGGCGAGCGAUGACUUCAAGAAGGUAACGUCGAUGGCCACCAACAUGGUAACACAAUGGGGCAUGUCCGAGAAGCUGGGCCCCAUCUCCUUCAACCAGGACCAAAACCAGUUCAACAAGCCGUUCGCGGAGAGCACGGCCCAGCAAAUAGACGCCGAGGUCAAGUGCAUAGUGGACUCGGCGUACAAGCAGUGCAAGGACCUGCUGGUCGAGAAGAAGAAGGAGGUCGGCAUCGUCGCGGAGGAGUUGCUGAAGCGGGAGAUGCUCACUCGGGACGACAUGGUGAGGCUGCUGGGCCCAAGGCCUUUCAAGGACAAGGAGGAAUUCACCAAGUAUUUUGACGGGUCCAAGAGCGCGCCACCGCCGCCUCCUAGCGAGGGCGGGAUGGAGACCUUGGACGAUCCCCCAGCUCCGUCCCCUGCUUUCCGGCGGGAGCAAUGA